AUGGGAAACAUUACGAGUUGUUCUUCUUGCUGUCAAGACUGCUUUGGAAAACGAAAUCGGACAGGUCUUUAUGAACCACUCUUGCAAGACAAUGAACGAGAUGCCAUUGCAGAAUUGCUUCACUUUCUUGAAAACCGCAGCGAUACCAACUUCUUUGACGGUGAACCUCUACGUGCUCUUUCGACACUUGCGUUCUCUGAUAAUGUGGAUUUACAACGAUCAGCUGCAUUAGCCUUUGCUGAAAUCACUGAGAAAGAUGUGCGACCAGUGGGACGUGAAACGCUUAAUCCGAUCCUUUUCUUGUUACAAUCGCAUGAUGUGGAAGUUCAAAGAGCAGCCAGUGCAGCAUUGGGUAAUUUAGCGGUCAAAGCGGAGAAUAAGCUCUUGAUUGUCAAGCUUGGAGGCCUGGAUCAAUUAAUCCGCCAGAUGGGUAGCCCCAAUGUUGAAGUGCAAUGCAAUGCUGUUGGAUGCAUCACAAACCUCGCCACACAUGAGGAAAACAAGGCAAAGAUUGCAAAAUCAGAUGCUCUUCGGCUAUUAGUGGAUUUGGCACGCUCCAAAGAUCAGCGAGUACAACGCAAUGCGACUGGUGCACUUCUCAACAUGACACAUAAGGAGGUGAAUCGUCAACACAUGGUCAAUGUCGGUGCCAUCCCCGUGUUGAUUGGUUUAUUGAGUUCGCCUGAUGCCGAUGUCCAAUAUUAUUGCACUACAGCACUAAGCAACAUUGCAGUGGAUGCUGGAAAUCGAAAAAAGUUGGCACAAUCCGAUUCGAAGCUGGUACAAUAUCUUAUCGCGUUGAUGGAGACAAAGAGCCUCAAGGUGCAAUGUCAAGCAGCAUUAGCGCUUCGGAAUCUAGCAUCUGAUGAAAAGUACCAAUUGGAAAUUGUCCGCUGCAACGGCUUGAAGCCAUUAUUGCGUCUCCUCAAAUCCUCCUUCCUUCCUCUCACUUUAUCCUCGGUCGCUUGUAUUCGCAAUAUAUCCAUUCAUCCUGCCAACGAAUCGCCCAUCAUUGAGGAAGGUUUUGUCAACCCUUUGAUCGAAUUAUUAUCAUAUGACGACAAUGAAGAAGUUCAAUGUCAUGCUAUAUCCACAUUACGCAACCUCGCUGCAAGUUCAGAACGCAACAGGCUUAUCAUUGUCGAAGCUGGCGUGGUCGAACGCAUUCGAAUGCUAAUAAGCGAAGCGAAAAACAGCGUAAAGAUCGAGAUGACAGCAGCGAUCGCCGUAUUGGCAUUGAGCGACGAUUUGAAACAAAGACUCUUGAGCACCAAGGUAUUGGAAGUGUUGGUGCCACUGACAUCAAGCACAAACAUGGAAGUGCAAGGCAACUCGGCUGCUGCCAUUGGGAAUCUGAGUUCCAAGGUCAAAGAUUAUUCCCCAUUUGUUGACGUGUGGUCUUCUCCUGCGGAUGGUUUGCGUGGCUUCCUCAUCCAUUUCCUCGAUGAUGCCCAAGAUAUUUCAUUCCAACACAUCGGCGUAUGGACCAUUGAGCAGUUUUUAGAAGGCAAUGACGCCGAGCUGGUAUCCUUGGUUGCAAAUACACCCGAAAUUGUUCAAGCGGUUGGAAGGAUUGCCAAGAGAGAUGGUCGUGGAUCCAAGGAGAAGAUUGAUACAGAUGUGGGUGGAGACGAUUUGGAAAGUGACAUCUAUGCACUGGCUAGGCGAGUCGCCAAUGCCUUGGAAGAAGCUGGCAAAAAAUAG